AUGCUAACAUCCAAAAUCCACUGUUCUAUCAGGAACAAUGCCUUUUCUGCGUUAGCAAAAAGACCUUUGGAUAAUUUUCAAAGACGUCACUUAGGUCCAAACCCUGAUCAGGUCUCAUUGAUGCUAAAAGCUUUAAAUUUUAAUAAUCUACAAUCCUUUAUUGAAUCUGUAGUCCCGGAAAGCAUCUUGCUUCGUCGUAAUUUAAACAUCCAUCCUCAAAAUGGCCUCACAGAAUCCCAAUUGUUAUCCUCCUUAAAGGAAAUCGCUUCAAAGAAUAAAUUGUUAAAAUCUUUCAUUGGAAAGGGUUAUUACAAUACAAUCACUCCCCCAGUUAUCCUAAGAAACUUAUUCGAGGCUCCCGAAUGGUACACCUCAUACACUCCUUAUCAGCCUGAAAUCUCUCAGGGCAGAUUGCAGUCUUUAUUGAACUACCAAACUCUUGUCUCGGAUUUGACUGGUCUACCCAUUGCCAACGCUUCUCUUUUGGAUGAAGCAACUGCUGCCGCCGAAGCAAUGAUCAUGUCCCUACAUUUCCUUAAAAAUAAGAAAAAAUCAUAUGUAGUAGAUCAAAAUAUCCACCCUCAAACUUUAUCUGUCCUAAAAUCAAGAGCCCAAAAUCUUGAUAUAAACAUCCUCCAAUUAGACCUAACCAAUCCUGAUUCUUUAGCUUCAAUAUCUUCUAACGAUGACAUUUGUGGUGCUUUAGUCCAAUAUCCUUCCACCAAUGGUUCAAUUGACAACUUCUCUCAAAUUAGCGAUAUUAUUCACAAGAAAAAUGGUUUGUUCUCUGUUGCAACUGAUUUACUAGCCCUCACUCUAUUAACUCCUCCUUCAACUUUUAACGCUGAUAUUGCUUUAGGUUCCUCCCAAAGAUUCGGUGUUCCAAUGGGCUACGGUGGCCCUCAUGCUGCUUUCUUUGCUGUCACCCAGAAAUUGAGCAGAAAAAUGCCUGGAAGAUUAAUUGGCCUUUCAAAGGACAGACUAGGCAACCCUGCUCUACGUUUAGCUCUACAAACAAGAGAACAACAUAUCAAGCGUGAAAAGGCAACUUCAAAUAUCUGUACUGCACAAGCUCUAUUAGCUAACAUGGCUGCUUCUUAUGCCGUUUACCAUGGUCCUCAAGGCUUGAAAAAAAUAGCCGAAAGGGUCUUCAAUUAUACUUCAAUUUUGGCCAACUCAAUCAUUAACAGUUCUGAUCACCAACUAGUAAAUCAAAAUUGGUUUGACACUUUAACCAUCAAAUUAAAUAACAUCUCCUCAUCCGAUUUCCUAAAAAUUUCCGUGGAAAAAUUUGCUAUCAAUUUAUUUAAAGUCGAUGAAUCAACCGUUUCCCUCUCUCUCGACGAAUCUGUUGUUCAAAAUGAUCUAAUUAACUUGAUUGAGUUAUUCACCUCUCAAAAAUCAGACAUCAAUUCUUUAUCGCAAAAUUUUAAAAAAUUCAAUUUUUAUUCAGACUUGACCAGAAAUGACGAAAUCUUAUCCAAUCCUGUUUUUCAUGAUUAUCAUUCCGAAACCUCAAUGAUGCGUUAUCUACAUCUACUACAAAGUAAAGAUAUCUCUUUGGCUAAUUCAAUGAUCUCCCUAGGUUCUUGUACAAUGAAAUUAAAUUCAGCUGUUGAAAUGAUUCCAGUUAGUUGGCCGGAAUUUUCUCAAGUCCAUCCUUUUGCUCCAAUCGACCAAGCAGAGGGUUACCAGCAACUAAUCAAAGAAUUAGAAAGUGACCUAGCCAAUAUCACAGGCUUCGAUGCUGUAUCUUUAAUGCCCAAUUCCGGUGCUCAAGGUGAAUAUACAGGUCUUAGAUUAAUCAUAGAAUACCUUAAGAAAAUUGGCCAAGGUUCAAGAAAUAUCUGUCUUAUUCCUGUUUCCGCUCAUGGAACUAAUCCAGCAAGUGCUGCUAUGGCAGGCUUAAAAGUUGUCCCUGUUAAAUGUCUUAAUGAUGGUUCUUUAGAUUUAGUUGAUUUAAAACAAAAAGCUGAAAAACACUCUGAUAGUUUAGCGGCUGUCAUGAUUACCUAUCCUUCAACUUAUGGUUUAUUUGAACCUGGUGUUAAAACUGCUAUUGAUAUCGUUCAUCAAAACGGUGGUCAAGUUUACCUUGAUGGUGCAAAUAUGAAUGCUCAAGUUGGUUUAACUUCUCCAGGAGACUUAGGUGCUGAUGUUUGUCAUCUCAACUUGCAUAAAACUUUUGCUAUUCCACAUGGUGGUGGUGGUCCAGGUGUUGGUCCAGUUUGUGUUAAAAAACAUUUAACCCCAUUUUUACCAAGUCACCCAAUUAUUAGAUCAACCGAAAAUGAUCAAGAAGCCAUUCUUCCAGUUUCAGCUGCUACUUUUGGUUCUGCGUCUAUUUUACCAAUUUCUUAUGCUUACAUCAAAAUGAUGGGUGCAACUGGUUUGCCAUACGCAUCAAUCAUUGCAAUGUUAAAUGCAAACUAUAUGAUGCAUAAAUUAAAAGAUCAUUAUAAAAUUAUGUUUAUUGGGGAAGGUGAUAUAAAACAUUGUGGUCAUGAAUUUAUUAUCGAUUUAAGAUCUUAUAAACCAAACGGCAUUGAAGCUAUUGAUGUUGCUAAAAGAUUGCAAGAUUACGGAUUCCAUGCCCCAACUAUGAGUUUCCCAGUUCCUGGUACAUUAAUGAUUGAACCAACAGAAUCUGAAGAUUUAGCCGAAUUGGAUAGAUUUGUGGAUGCAAUGGUAUCUAUCAAAAAGGAAAUUGACGCUAAAAUAAACAAUGAACCUUUUGGCAACGUUUUGAAAAAUUCACCACACUCAUUAAUUGAUAUAAUAAGCUCUCCAGGUUGGGAAUCAAGAGGUUACACCAGAGAACAAGCAGCUUUCCCAUUGCCUUAUUUGAAAGUAUCAAAACAAUGGCCAUCUGUUUGUCGUUUAGAUGAUACCUAUGGAGAUAUGAAUCUUAUUUGCAGUUGUUCAUCUGUUGAAGAAGUUGCAAACGAUAAUUAAUUCUUUUUUUUUUUUUGCAAAAUGAUGUACAAUAUUU